AAUAAAAAGCAUGCUGCUGUCAUGCAGUGCGCAGUAGAAGUUCACACUUGAGAGUUUCAAAGACAGACAAACACGUCCCUUGAGAACCAUGGCGGGAAAUAUAAAAGAUAAAGAAGCAUAUCAACGUCUGAACUUCCUCUAUCAGGCUGCUCACUGCGCUUUGGCUCAAAAUCCAGAGAACACUGAACUGGCGAGAUUUUACUGCCUCACUCAGAAGACCAUCUCCAAACGACUGGUGCUCAGACAAGAUCCAUCACUAAAGAGAACCAUUUGCAAAAAAUGCUGCACUUUACUAAUACCAGGUGUCACAUCAACUGUACGACAAAAAAGAGGACCGAUGCGACAGCGUAAGACUGUUGUGCGAUGUUUAAGUUGUGGCCUGACCAAACAGUUUCCAAACAACCCAAAACAUAAACUGUGGGUGGAUCAACCGGAGGCUCAACUGGAAAACCAGACCUCACAUGAUGCUGGUCCUUCAUUGCAGUCCAAACCCCAAAAGAAGAAACCUGAUAUUGGCUCAGUGUCCAUGACAGCGAAGACUUCGCCUACAGUUUAAACAAUUGUGACUAAACCUUCAUGACACUUGUACAUACAUUAUUAAUAACUAGCUAAACAAAGUGAACUUUUGGGCGGUAUUUUUAUUUUAUUUUUAUCUUAUUUUUUGUUAAAUUUUUUUCCCCUGACAUUGUGCAGUAUUGUUUUUCUUCCGCACUGAAUAGAUGUUUUGAAUUGCAAUAAAGUGAUUCUUCUGUAAGUGGCUGAUUUACAUUGCUUAUGGCUUUUAUUCUAUACUUUUAUGCAUGCUUUAAUAUCAUUGAACUCCACAUGGCAUCCUGCAGCAGAAGCGUUUUCUUUUAUCACCCGGAGCGUACGGAAGCCUGGUGGGAAUUCAGCUGCCUGCAUAAAAAUUGAUUGAUCUACUCUUGCUAAAUUAUCUCUUUAUCCAAACCGUCAUGUGGAUAUUUAACUUAGACACGAGGCUUACACUUAUUAAUGCGCUUCA